AUGGCUCUUGAAAGACUUGCUGAGCUCGAAUGUCCAAUUAAGUGGUUAGCUAAUGACCUUGAAAAUUUAACUAAUAAUGAUUAUUGUCGUAAUAGUACUAAUAUUCAUGACAAGCUAUUAUCAAAUGAAGAAUUUAAAGUUAGUAUAAUAGUUCUAAUAAUCAAAGAAUUAGUUUAUCGACUAAAUAAUACAGAUAGUGAUUUCGAUAUUAUAAAUAAGUAUAAUGAAUUUGUAGAGCAAACCAAAAUUGAUAAAUAUCUUGUACUUUCUGAAAUUAAAACAACAGAAAAAAAUGACCCAGUAGUUUGGUAG